UUAUUUCAUGAUUGCCAAGAAAUCUGAGCAGGCUUCUGAUCUUCGACUCGUGCGUAAGCGCCUGGCAGCUCGUUUACGGCAACAGCGUUGUCGAGCUCGAAAAAAGGCAGCCAUUGUCGCUCCUGUCAUCAAGCCCCAGGAUGAGUCGAAGCAGAGCCAAUGCCCGGCCCCAAAACAGACCCAAAAUGAUUCGUUUCCUCGGAAUCAGCGUUUAAAAAUUACUCAUAGGGUUGGACCCAAAAAUGAGAGAAUCUGCCAUUCGAUGUACCAGGGUCCACCGUUGCCAUACCAGCAUCGGCUAACCCAAAAUCAGCACAAUGUCGGCCACGAUCGCCACCAUCAUCACGGUAUUUUAAAUCAUCAUUUCGCCGACGUUCCCAGGGCCUAUCACCGCCAAAACAUGUACUAUGGAAGGGCUCAUUACGAAACAUGCCAGCAUCGGAUCGCGAAAAGUUACUAUCCGUCCCAGAUGAAUCGACCUCGGCACGGAGUUAUGGCCCGGCAUUCAUCCAUGAUGAAGCAUACCGUCCCUAGGUUCCAAGCAUCACUGGCCUCUCGCAUGCCAGUUAGUUCUCCCUCAAUGGUAAUUUUACCAAACGUAUCAUCAGACGAUGAAAGCAACAAAUUCAGAAAGCGAACGAAGCCUUGUUUUCCUAUGCCCAAAAAUCCGCCAAGAGAUUCGGCUAGAAAGGGAUCUGUUUGUGACAAAGCAGGCACACCGCUAGCUACAAAAGAACGUGCCGCUAUUGAAGCAAUUUUGUCGCUUGGAUCUUGCAGCAACGAUGAGCAAUCGACGAAUAGCAGCAAUGUUUCCGACCAAGAGAUGGUUUCAUCCGCUGUGGGUGAAGGUUUCCGGCGUCCUUCAGUUGUCUUUACAUCAGCUUUGACGAAUAGGUCUACCUUGUCAAGUACUGUACCAUUUUGA